AUGCCAGAAGAGACCAUUAAAAAAUCGCAAUCUUUCCUUAAUAAUGACGGGAUAGACGACUUGGUCCCCAUGACCAGGAAACACAGAGUGUCCUCGUUGUCGUUGUCCGAUUUGAACCAAUGGCAAAACGGACUCACUAAGUUGUCCUCUUCUACUUCGCUCAACAAGUCAUCGUCGCAGAACUUGAAAAAGGUGGACUCUUUAGCCAAAUUGUCCAGAAAUUCAUCUAUCAUCAGAAGAAAGAAGAAGGAAGUGAUAGAUCACGCCAGAGUUGCCUCGUAUGCCUUCUGUUUCGAUAUCGAUGGUGUUAUAUUGAGGGGCCCAGACACUAUCCCCGAAGCAGUUGAAGCCAUGAAGUUGCUUAAUGGUGGAAACAAGUACAACAUCAAGGUGCCAUCCAUUUUCGUUACCAACGGAGGUGGAAAACCAGAACUGCAGAGAUCUGAAGAUUUGAGCAAGAGGUUAAAUUGUACAAUCACCCCGGAUCAAAUCAUCCAGGGUCACACCCCUAUGAAAGACUUGGUUCCUCUCUACAAGAACGUUCUCGUUGUCGGGGGAAUUGGUAACGUUUGUAGAAAUGUUGCUGAAUCGUAUGGUUUCAAGAAUGUAUACACUCCUUUGGAUAUUUUGUAUUGGAACCCUGCUGUUUCUCCAUACCAUGAUUUGACCGACGAAGAAUUGAAGGCUGCCAAAAAGGAUGUCGAUUUCAGUAAGUUGAGUAUUGAUGCCAUUUUGGUUUUCGCCGAUUCCAGAAACUGGGCUGCUGAUCAACAAAUCAUCUUAGAAUUGUUGUUAUCAGUGAACGGUGUCAUGGGAACUGCAUCCAAGACCUUUGACGAAGGUCCACAGAUCUAUUUCGCUCAUUCUGAUUUCAUUUGGGCUACGAACUAUAAACUCUCAAGAUAUGGUAUGGGUGCCUUGCAGGUCUCUAUUGCUGCAUUGUAUAGAGAACAUACUGGACACGAGUUGAAGGUGAAUAGAUUUGGUAAACCCCAAAAAGGUACAUUUAAGUAUGCCAACAAAGUGUUAACGUCGUGGAGACAAGGUGUCUUGGAUGAACAUUUGAAGAAGUUAUCGAUUAACGACCCUGAUGCUGAAGAUGCGGAUAUCUUAAUCAACGAAGAUGGUGAAGAAGUUAUUAACCAGGCAAAACUUGAGGCUGGUGAGCCAGACACUGAUGAAGAAGAAAAUGCCGACGAGGAAGAAGACGAAGAAGAGGUUGCAUUAAUUGUUGGAAAGAAAGAAAAGAUUGUCCUUCAGUUACCUCCAGCAUCAACGGUGUACUUCGUAGGUGACACUCCUGAAUCAGAUAUCCGUUUUGCUAACUCUCACGAUGUCUCAUGGCAUUCUAUCUUGGUGAAGACUGGUGUUUACCAAGAGGGUACAGUACCAAAGUAUAAGCCAAAGCAUUUAUGUAAUAACGUGCUAGAUGCUGUUAAGUAUGCCAUUGAGAGAGAACAUCAAUUAGAAUUGGCUGAGUGGAAUGAAACUGCCAUUGAUGACGAUGCUGAAUCUGGCUCAUUAUCAGGAUCAAGAAAGUCAUCUAGAAUCAAUUUCGCCGACUUAAUGAUGACUCCAAGUGAAAAGAAACCUGAAGAAAAGAAGAAACCUACAAAGAUUGAAGAGCAUGAAAGUGUUGAAGUUCCAGUUAUUUUAAGUGAACAAAUUGACAAGAUCAAGGACGUUCAAGUGUAA